AUGUCCAACACCAAUUUGGGACCAACUUACGAAAUCGUCGUCGCGCAGACGCCCGAGGAGCGUCAACACUCGGAAGACAAAGCGGUUCAUUUUCUUCUGAGGCUCACGCCCUCGUUGACUCCCGUCGGUACCAUCCGUGCUGUCAAAUUUCCCGAGAAAAACUACUACAAACUCACUCGUCUGGUGGUCCUCGAAGAAUACCGCAAAUACCGCUACGGCCAUGCUCUCGUGCUAAAGUUGCAUGAAUGGGUGCGCAAAGACGCGCUCCAAUCAGGAAACACCACAAGCUUCGUUCGAAUAGUCUCAGGUUCUCAAAUACCAGUCAAAGGAUUUUAUGCCAAAUUUGGAUACGAACCAGAGGGUCCGGAAUACGAUGAUGAGGGUCAACCCCAUCAAAAUAUGGUCUACAAUAUGCCAUUGUCGCAACCGUCGACAUGA